GAUGGCGCGCACUGGAUCCACCCCGGACCCCAUCCAGGCCCAAGCUCCCCCGUCCUCUUCCAACGCGAACCUUCUGGAAAAUUCCGCUAAUCCAAGAAAUUCUUCCCCCAACCCAACCCCCAACCAACCAACCAGACCCAACCAAGAACCCGAGCCGAACCCCCGACCAGCCCACCGCCGUGAUGCUCUGAGGCCGAGGCCGAGCCCCGCGCCCAAGGAGUAGGAGGAGGAGGGGGGAGAUGGACCCGGGUGGCGGGGCCGCGUCGCUGCCGCCGUUCUUGACCAAGACUUACGAGAUGGUGGACGAGCCGGCCACGGACGCGGUGGUGUCGUGGACGCCGUCCGGCACGAGCUUCGUAGUAGCCAGCCAGGCCGACUUCUGCAGGGAUCUGCUCCCCAAGUACUUCAAGCACAACAACUUCUCCAGCUUCGUGCGCCAGCUCAACACCUAUGGCUUUAGGAAAGUCGAUCCGGAACAAUGGGAGUUUGCAAAUGAGGAAUUCAUACGAGGUCAGCGGCACCGGUUGAAAAAUAUCCAUAGACGCAAACCGAUAUUCAGCCAUUCAUCGCAUACUCAGGGUGCCGGACCAUUAGUGGAUAGCGAAAGGAGGGACUAUGAGGAGGAAAUCGAGAGGCUCAAGUGUGAUAAUGCAGCAUUGACCUCAGAGCUUGAAAAGAAUGCAGAGAAGAAAAUUGAUAUGGAGAAAAGAAUGCAGGCUUUGGAAGACAAGCUAUUUGCUGUUGAGGAUCAGCAGACAAAUCUGAUAUGUUAUGUCAGAGACAUUGUGAAGGAACCAGGAUUUCUAUCUAGCUUUGUACAGCAAUCUGAUCAUUCAAGAAAGAAGAGGAGGCUGCCCAAACCAAUUUCCUUCCAUGAGGAUACAAGUACUCAGGGGAACCAGAUUAUGCAUCGCGACUUGACCAACUCACCAGCCCAUGAACUUAGCAGAGAAUCAUUUGACAAAAUGGAAUCAUCCUUAAACUCCUUGGAGAAUUUCCUUAGAGAAGCAACCGAAGCAUUUGGUAAUGGUAUUUCUUAUGAUUGUGAUAUUCCAGGUCCUUCAGCUGUCGUUCUCACUGAGCUCCAUUUGUCCGGGGAAAGUGAUCCUCAUGCGCCAUCACCUCCGUCGAUGAUGCAUACUUCUUCAGCUGGUGUAGGAGAUUCACAUUCUUCUCGCGGUAUUGCAGAGUCCACCAGCUGUACAGAAAGUCCUCCCCUCCCUCAAACACAUUCUCGUGCAGACUCACGAGCUAAGGUCUCCGAGAUCGAUGUCAAUUUAGAGCCUGCUGUUACAGAAACUGGUCCAUCAAGAGAUCAACCUGGCCAAGACCCUCCUGCUACUGCCGCAGCUGGCGCAAAUGAUGGAUUUUGGCAGCAGUUCCUUACCGAGCAGCCUGGGUCAUCUGUUGCACAUCAAGAGGCGCAGUCAGAACGGCGAGACAGAGAAGCAGAUCAGGCGAAAAACGGAGAUCGGGCAAAUUGUUGGUGGGGCAAGAAGAAUAUCGAACAGAUGACAGAAAAACUGGGGCAUCUCACCUCAGCAGAGAAAACCUAACUUUGUAACUAGUUUAGCUAAAAAUAACUAGCAAAGAAGCAUUUAGGACAACGGCGCCUCGAUACGCGACUAACAUUUACUUGCAGUGUAUCAUAUCCCCAUUGUGUGCCUUAUUGUGAUUAGAGUAUUGGGGAGACUAGCUGCUAAACUACCCUCAUACACAUUCAUACUUUGUUAGUUCAGACUUUUCCAUAUGCGGUUCUCCUCGACUCAUGACAUUUCUCAGGUUAGUUGUUAAAUAUCAUUUUGCUGUCCAGAGUUGUUGCCUGUCACAAACAUGAGAGGUAGGAUUUUUUGUAUUCUGUUCUUGAUUAUUUCCUCCUUUGUGAGAAAUGGGGUCCUUUUUGUCUUGGUGGCU